GCCUCAGUGAGUCCGUCAGUCAGUUCAGCUGCUAACACAGACUGAGAGCACAGGUUAAAUAUAGAGCAGACUGUCACUGCUGACCAGGAACAAACAGGCUGAAGAAAGAGGCUGAAACAUCCUGAAAAACUGAGUUUACUUCAUCUGAAACAAAGAAUCUCCCUGCAGACUCUUCCCCUGUCGUCCUGUGAGCUCACACACCAAACUUGGAGAGGAGGAAGCUUCACACCGGCUCUGCUUCUGCCUCCAACUGAAGCUGAAGAGGGAAGAAGAUUUCAGAAGUAAUCACACAAACAGAGAGAUGUCCUGUCAGUGAACGCAUCACAGAGGACCAGACUCAGUUUUGGGAUUGAACAGCUGAGACACGCUGGACGAGCCGAGGCCAGGUCAAAUAUGCGAUCCAGGAACUGCACCAUGGAGGGUCCAGGUGACGGACACAUCCAGCCCACGAAAGGUUUUAUCAAACAGGAAGAGGAGAACACACCAGAGCUCACAAAGAGGAAGAUCAAAGUCCAGCGAGAGGAGAAGGACGGGAAGACGGCGAUGUCCGGACCGGCUAAGAAACCUCAGAAACCUGCAGACAGCCGGAAGACGGCGCUGCCGGAUCUGUCAAAGAAGGACCUGCUGCAGCUGCUGGGAGUCAUGGAAGGAGAAGUUCAGGCCAGAGAGGACAUCAUCGGCAUGCUGAAGUCGGACAGAACCAGACCGGAUACUCUGGAGGCCCACUACGGCUCGGCGGUCCCCAGCAAACCCCUUCAGGCCCUGCAGAGAGACGGACUGCUCACCCACGGCAACAACAGCACCGAGGACGUGUACGAGAAACCCAUCGCCGAGUUGGACCGUCUGGAAGACAAACAGAAGGAGACGUACAGACGGAUGCUGGAGCAGCUGCUGCUGGCUGAGAAAUGUCACCGGAGGACGGUGAUGGAGCUGGACAACGAGAAACGCAAACACACCGACUUCAUGAACAAGAGCGACGACUUCACCAACCUGCUGGAGCAGGAGAGGGAGAGACUCAAAAGGCUGUUGGAGCAGGAAAAGGCCUACCAGGCUCGUAAAGACAAGGACCACAGCAGGAGGUUGGAGAAGGUCAGAGCGGAGCUGGUUAAGCUGAAGUCCUUUGCCCUGAUGUUGGUAGACGAGCGACAGCUGCACAUUGAGCAGAUUGACCAGCAAAGCCAGAAGGUCCAGGACCUGACUCAGAAGCUACAGGAGAAAGAGCAGCGUUUGGCGACAGUCACUGAAACCGCCAAGGAGGACGACCAGAAAGUCCUCAAGCUGGAAGCUGAGCUGGAGCAUAGAGCAGCCAAGUUUGCACAGGAACACGAGGAGAUGACCGCCAAGCUGGCCAGCGAAGAGUCCCAGAGCCGACAGCUUAGACUGAAGCUGGCUGGGUUAGCACACAAGAUUGAAGAGCUGGAGGAGAGCAACAAGAUGCUGCAUAAGUCAGACGAGGACCUGCAAGAGCUGCGGGAGAAGAUCAGCAAAGGGGAGUGUGGGGAUUCAUCUCUAAUGGCCGAGCUGGAGAAUCUCAGGAAGAGAGUGCUGGAGAUGGAGGGCAAGGACGAGGAGAUAACCAAAACAGAGACUCAGUGCAAGGAGCUGAGGAAAAAGCUUCAGGAUGAGGAGAACCACAGCAAGGAGCUGAGGUUGGAAGUGGACAAACUGCAGAAGAGAAUGGUGGAGCUUGAAAAACUGGAGGGAGCCUUCAAUAAGAGCAAAACAGAGUGCGCUCUGCUUCAUACAAACCUGGAAAAAGAGAAACGUGUUGUGAAGGAUCUGGCCGGUGAGCUGGAGACAGUGAAAACCAGAAUGAAAGAACUCGAGAGCUCUGAGUCAAAGUUUGAAAAGGCAGAAAUGGUCCUGAAGGACGAUCUCAUGAAGCUGAAGUCCUUUACAGUCAUACUGGUGGAUGAAAGAAAAAAUAUGGCGGAGAGACUUAAACAGGAAGAACAGAAGAGUGAUGAGUUAAGUAAGAUGUUCAAAGCAGAGCAGGGCAAGGUCACGGAGGUCACGGAGAAGCUGAUCGACGAGAGCAAAAAACUUCUCAAAUUCAAAUCAGAAAUGGAGAUUAAAGUGACGAGUCUCACUAAGGAAAAAGAUGAGUUAAAAACUAAACUUGCAAGUGAGGAGGAAAGAUGUAGGGAGCUGAAUACCAAGAUAAGUGGUAUGAAAAUAAGAAUGGAGGGACUUGAGGAGACAGAGAAGGAAAUGCAGAGAACGUGGGCCAACAGGGACAAACACAGAAAUCCAGAUGACGACAACAAAGUCAAAGAGCUCACGUUAGAAAUCGAAAGACUCAAGAGCAGGCUCAAACAACUCGAGGUGGUGGAAGGAGAUUUAAUGAAAACAGAGGAUGAGUAUGAUCUACUGGAGAAGAAAUUCAGGACAGAGCAGGACAAAGCAAACACCCUAUCAAAGAUGCUGGAAGAAAUGAAAGGUCAGAUCGCAAGAAACAAAGCCAUCGAGAAAGGUGAGGUCGUGAGUUCAGAGGCUGAGCUCAGAAUUCGCUGCAAGAUGGAGGAGGCUAAAACCAGAGAGCUGCGGGUGGACGUCCAGGCCCUGAAGGAGAAAAUCCAUGAACUGAUGAACAAGGAGGACCAGCUCUCCCAGCUCCAGGUGGAUUAUUCUGUCCUCCAGCAGAGGUUCAUGGAAGAGGAAGAGAAGAAGAAGAGCAUGAGCCAUGAAGUCACCAACCUCACCAAGGAGCUGGAAGCCUCCAAGCGAUACAGUCGUGCCUUGAGGCCCAGCAUAAAUGGUAGGAGGGUGGUCAAUGUGACCUCCACAGCAGUGCAGACAGAUGUGAUGGUCAGUGAACCCGCUGAGGAUGAGACGGCGGCAGGCUUCAUCCGGAAAUCAGUCCUCGAGGAAAACCACUUAAUGAGCAACCUCAGACAACGAGGUCUUAAAAAGCCAACAGUUCUUGAACGAUACCCUCCAGCCUCAGCAGAACUUGGGGCAGGAAAGUCCUGGAUACCUUGGAUGAAAAAGAAGGAGGCCAUCACUCUCACUCAGACAACUCCUCAGAAGACUAAUGGGGCAUCCAUGCUCCAUCCAUCUGAGAUGACCAUGUCCCAAAAGCCAGGACAGCCACUACACAUCCGAGUAACCCCAGAUCACGAGAACAGCACUGCCACCUUGGAGAUCACCAGCCCGCGAGCUGAGGAUUUCUUCUCCAGCACCACCAUCAUCCCAACUCUCGGCCUUCAGAAACCUCGCAUCACAAUCGUCCCAAAGCCCACAACCGUGUCGUCAAAGAGCAAAGCCUGUGAGCUGAUGGGAGAUCCUGAUAGAGCCAAAUCUCCGGUCAUGAUAACCACCAUCUCCAGGACCAAGAGUCCAGACAAGACCAACGGCUGCAGCUCUAAUAGCCUCCAGUCACCGGUGUCUAUCAUCACAGUCAGCGCCACUCCUGUAGCCGAAGCAUGCGCUUCACCUGAGCCUCACAACAUCACCACAGGCCGCACGGUCAUCAAGAUGACCCCGGAGAAGCAACCCGGGCCAGCACCUUACAGGAAAUACAACGGCAAAAGCAACAUCAUCACAACUGAGGACAACAAGAUCCACAUCCACCUGGGUCCACAGUUUAAGAGGCCCUCUGAGGGCUGCAGCAGUCCAGUGUUGACGCUUGGACUGGGCUCAGAAAGCAGCAAGGAAAUGCCAACAGGAACGGUGCUCCGCUCCCCACGGCAGUCAUCAAUGGGGAAGACGACUCCGAACAAAAUGACAAGCAGCAUAACAAUCACACCCGUCACCUCGGCAUCCUCCAGGCCGACACAGUCAGUGUUGCAUCUGAAAUGUUUCAAAAUGAAAUCAGGUGGUGUGUGCUCCCUAGAUAGCACUCUCUCCAGGUAUAAAACAGUGAAUUUAUAAACAUACGAUCUCACUGGUCUGAACUAACACUGGAAUGCAUUAGAUCCCACAUCCCAGAGAGGUCUUUAAGGGUUCUUGUAUGAACGAACACAAAAUUUACCAACUGACAAUGUCACUCCUUUUAACCAAACACAGGCAAGAAGUGACCGACUUUAAGAGGUUUGCACCUUAAGAGGUUACAUUUACAAAUAAAUAAUAUGGUGUAAUUUAAUAUCCAACAGGGUCAGCCCCAGUUAACCCCGACACACCUCUGUAAAUGGACCCAGUAAGCUUUGAUUUCAUGAUUUGCAUGUCACCAAAUCAAUCAAGUCUCUAGACCUGAUUCAGGACCAUCAGUACUUGGACAUUUCAGUCGCUUAACAACUGGAUGGUAGACGACCUUCUUAGCAACUUAAUGAUCUAUUCCUGGCCAGCGUGAUGGUGUGGUGGAUAGCACAGUCCCGACACAGCAGUAACGUUCUUGGGUUCAUGCCAGUCGUCUUGGGAGUUUGUGAAGUUUUCAUGCCUGCAUGGGUUUGUUUGGUUUCCUCCAGUCCUGACAUGCAGGUUAGGUUUAUUGGUAAAUCUAAAUUGCCUCUGUGGGAACUUGUCAGCCCUGUUCAAGGCGUACCCCACCUUUUGCCCAGUGUGUGCUGGAAGAGGCACCAGUCACCCUGAACCCUGCAAGGAUUAUGCAAGAAUGGAUAAAUGAUUGACUCAAACCA